AAACUCUCACCAAGUGAUACUCUAAGAACAUCGAUUGUGCGAAGUGUUAGCGAGUAUCGUACUGAUCAAAUGGCCGAAAACAUGCGGAGGAGAUUCUCGAAAAGCAAAACAACCACCAACUUUGAUGUAUCACCAAAUUCUGGUGUCGGUAAAGGUAUGGAUGAAAUUGAUGAAGCGCUGCGAUUCGUUGAAGAUAAUUCGCUAAGCGAAGUGAUGAUUGAACUCUCUGAUAAAGCACCACUUGUCCACUUACAAGAGAUCUGCUCGGGGAUAUCCGCUGACUUGGACACUCUAUCACCUGGUAGUGGAUGUGAGGUGAUCUGUGAAAAUUGCAAUACGGUCGUGUAUCGUGAAGGAACGCUCGUUGGCGUUUGUAAGUGUAAAAGGAAAUCAUCGUCGAGUAGCUGCAGAUUCCGUAUUAUUCCGAUUCCAUCCCCACCGAAAGACCUUCCUGCUUCACCUCAAACCGAGCCCAGUCAAACGCUCAGUCAACCGAGUCAAGUUCCUACUAUACAACGAGAUGAAAGUUCAUCGAUGUGUAGCGGAACGACUGUGAUCCGCAGACCAACAAUAACAAUCGAUAGUGAGCUGGCCGCCGAGAGUGUUAGCAAAAAAGAAUUUGAUCCACUCGAAGAUCUUUCGAAUAGUUGUGAUGUUGCCCAACAGGUUCAACGGCGAACUGUAUUUCAGCCGAUCACAGACCCUCAUCAAGCGACCUAUAUGGACGUUGCCGUGAUACGGUGUCUCCUAAUCAAGCACUGGUCUGAGGAUGGUGUUUAUUGGGCGAUGAAAUAUCUGCUUAACAGAUUGGCNGAAAUUGAAGCAUAUCGUAACUCACAAGAAGGAAUGUUCCGUUCUCGUGCGAAUUCAGCACCUACCGUACCCCAUCUCAAGCUGUUUCCAUCCGAAACGGAUUCGCGAAUAAAUUUAAUGGAUAUUCAAUUUCGUACACCAACUUGGGAUGAUCUUCAAUUGAGCCAGGUAUCGAAGAAACUGGAAAAUCAACAACAAGACGAGCCAUCAACCACAAAUACGCUAACGGCUGCAACGAGCGUAUUGACUCAUCCGAAAACUAAAGUUUCAAUCAGUGAAAAGGAACCCAAUUGCAGGAAAAGAUCAUCAUUCUUAAGGAGACGAAGUUCGACGAGUGAGCCGUUCGGUAGGACGUUGAAUGUUCUGGAGGAGAGACGCCGUAACAGUUUCACAACAACUGGAUCGACGAUACGAUGUCGUGAUCGAAAACAUCGAUUGGACAGAAAUCGGAGUGAUCCAUCCUUGUCGAACUCGUCUGAAAUGUUAUCAACUCGUGGUACUCGCAACGGCUCACUUGCCGCAUCACAAGGAAUAUCGACAAGUCAAGAACUCGCCAAACAGUUUUUUCCUGAGGCUUUGGGGAGCUCGAAUUUUAUCGAGAAAAACGGUCAUAUCAGUUUUAUGGUGGUUCUGAAAGCAGUGAAUUUGGUGGUGGAACGUUGCUCAGCGAUACGAAUUUGUGAGAUGGCGUUGAAUGUUUGUGAAACUCUUUUGGCGAUGCCAGCAAUUGAGCAUCAACAGUUCUUCGAGGAAAUGAUCAAAACAAUCUUGAGGUGA